AUGGCAGCACCAAGCAAGCGCAUGGAGUUCGCUAUUGCUAACAAAUUAUGCAAGACAUGUCUGUCUCCACAUAAAUACAAAUGCAAAUUCCAUUUUAGAUGUGCGGAAUGCAAACAGGAGCACAAUACUCUGCUGCAUCAAAAUAGCUUUAACAACUCUAAACAAGCAUCCCUAACGCCCUCUGUCACUCUCUUGUCAAAUGCUUCGCAUGGUCAUGUUUUAUUGCCUACUGCACGCAUUAAGCUAAUAUCUCAGUCGGGUACAAUAAUUUAUACUAGGGCACUGCUUGACAGCGGGUCACAAGCUUCUUUUGUCACACAAAAGGUUGUCGAUUUACUAGGCAUGAAUACAAACACUAGUAACACAACUAUAGUAGGUAUUACAAAUGCGGAACAAACAGUUGACCGAAGCAUACAACUUGAUGUGCAUUCUACUGUCUACCCCUUCAAGAUCAAUGUCAACUGUCAUGUUGUAAAAAAUAUUACAACCAAAUUGCCACAAGAACCGAUAAACAUCUCAAAACUGACAUUCCCUGUAAACUGCAAAUUGGCUGAUGAAAGCUUUAAUAAACCUGAUGAUGUGAAUCUUUUACUAGGAGCAGAUGUAUUCUUCCAGGUCCUGCUACCACAGCCUGAAGGUAAACCUUGUCCUACUGGCCAGCGUCCUGCAACAGUGGAUACUCUGCACUCCAAUGUACCAAUCGUAGUUCACACAUCCUUCGGAUACGUUGUUGCUGGUCGCAGUAGCAGUGCAGCAAUUAACAAUAAAAAGGCUAACAAGGUUGUAUACUUAUUUUGUCACGAAUGUAAUGAUAAUUUGAGUGAUUCUUUGAGUUCUUUUUGGGCAGCUGAACAGGUGCCUGAAAUAUUUCAUGAAAAAUUACCAGAGCAUGAAUUUUUUACCAUGCCUCUUAAAGUUCCAUUACAACAAGUUAACUUUGAGCUAGGGGAAUCAUUUCAUUUGGCCUACACAAGAUUUCUUAACUUAGAAAAAAGACUACAUAUGGAUCCAACUCUCUUCUAUCAGUAUAAAAAUUUUAUUGAUCAAUAUGUAGAACUAAAUCAUGGUGAAUACUGCGAUAUAAAUAGCUAUGAUAUGUCUAAAGACCCAGUUUAUUUUCUACCACACCAUGCAGUAAUUAAACAAAAUGCUGUCACCACCAAACUUAGAGCUGUCUUUGAUGGAUCGAUGCAAACUAAUAAAAAAAUAUCUUUGAAUGAUAUUUUACUCAACGGUCCAGUGGUGCAAAAGGAUCUUUUUGAUAUACUUAUUGCAUUCAGACUAGAAAAUUAUUUCUUUAUCUGCGAUAUAAAAAAGAUGUUUAGGUGUAUUGAUUUGGAUCCAUCUUAUAGGCCACUACAAAACAUUUUAUGGCGCGAAUCUCCCGAACAAGAUAUUAGAUGUAUACAACUUAAGACUGUCACUUAUGGGCUAAAAUCAUCAUCAUACCUAGCCACUCGUUGUUUGAUAGAGCUCGCUGCCAGGUAUAAAGAUCAGUUUCCACUAGCAUCUUCAAUUUUAGAAAACAAUACAUAUGUAGAUGACAUAUUGGCAAACAGCUGUUCAGAAGAACAACUGCUCCGUAUGCAAACUGAAUUAAUUCAAUUACUUUCCCUAGGAGGGUUCGAACUCCACAAGUGGGCAUCCAACUGCAAUUCAGUCCUUAAAAAUGUUAAUAAAACUUGUCAAAACUUAAAUGAGCUAGACCUGCAAAAGCAUGAAAUUUAUGUAAAAACAUUAGGUAUUACGUUUGAUAUUGAAAAAGAUGUUUUCAAAAGUACAUGCCCCGAUUCAUAUGCUAGUCGAAAUGACUCAAAACGUGAUAUACUUAGUUACAUAAGUAAGUUCUAUGAUCCAUUAGGACUUAUUGGGCCAAUAUUUGUACAUGCGAAAGUAAUUAUGCAAAAGUUGUGGGCUACUAAUACUGGUUGGGACUCUACUCCCCCAGAUGACAUACGACAUACUUGGGUCAAUUUUACUAAGAGCUUGACACAGAUGGAGCCACUUAGCAUUACUCGUUGUGUUAAAUUAUCCAAUUCCAUCACCACACAGCUGAUAGGUUUCGCUGAUGCCUCCUCCGUGGCUUACGGGUGCUGCUUAUACUUAAGAUCUAUUGACGCUCAAGAUAAUGUACUCGUACAGCUACUAUGUACAAAGUCAAGGAUUAAUCCACUCCGAAAAAAGCUAACAAUACCUAGGCUAGAGUUGAACGCAGCGCUAUUACUUGCUAAGCUAUGUAAAAAAGUACUCAAUACUCUUAGUAACAAAAUAAAUAUUAAUAACACUUACCUCUUCUCUGACUCUCGGAUAGCUUUGGCGUGGCUGAGAACCGAUGACGCAAAGUUACAAACCUAUGUUGCAAAUAGAGUCAGAGCAAUAAGGGAGCUCUCAGAGAACUGCCAUUGGCAAUAUGUAAAUACUGAGGACAAUCCUUCUGAUUGCCUUAGCAGAGGUCUUCAGCCCCAUGAGCUUAAGGACCAUAAUUUGUGGUGGCACGGUCCACCCUUCUUACAAAACAAACAUCAUACCUUUCAAUCAUCAGGUGCGUUAGCAGUGCCAGCACAAUUGUCUGACUUAAAGACCGAUAAUACUAUUUUGUGUGCCGCCGCUACCACAACUGAUUCCAGUAUAUUUGAAAGAUUAAAAAAGUUUUCUAAUAUAAACAAAAUGACUCGUGUGCUUGCAUAUGUAAUAAGAUUUUGCAAAAAUAUCAAACCGCAAGACAAUAAGCAACAAGGCUUCUUAAAGACCUUUGAACUUAAUAGAUCACUGAUGAUGAUAGUUAAACAUGAACAAGAGCAAUAUUUUUCAGCUGAAAUCAAAUCUCUUAAGUGUCAAAAAGAGCUAACAGGUAAUUUAAAGGCAUUGACUCCUUUUCUAGAUGCGAAUGGUUUGAUGCGAAUUGAAGGCUGUCGCUACAACUCAACUAAUGGGUUCCUUGCCUGCGCAUCGAGUCCAUGCAUGCCGCCCGUUUCAGAAGAUUGGUGUUGA